GGAAGUGGGUUGUAGACGUUUCAAGGGGCGAUGCUGGUCACGUGCUGGUUUCAACUUCCUGUUUACCACUUGUUCCUUGAGACAGUUCACGGAUUGCGACACUUCAACAGUCGUGUGAUUUUUUAUCAAGAACAAUAAAUACGCUUUUGAAUCCCUGCUGCUACGGAAUUAAUCGUUUUGGAACGGUUCAUAUUUUUUUGUCAUUACUGGGGAAGAGGAGAGGAAAUGAAUAAAUGACAUUGAGGAAACGUGACUAGGCCAGGAGUCCUCGAGAUUUCCUGAGUCAGGCGCCUGGAGUUCACGUUCGGAGCAUUCCUCUGUCAACAAAUGGCUCAAUACCAAACAUACGAGUGAUGAGGGCAUUGACUAAAAAUCAGUCAGUUGGGUGAUUGUCUGCAUUACAUUUUCUAGGCAAAACGUUUAGUAAUGUGUUGGAUUUAACUUUAAGUGUGUAUACUUCCUAAAAUUAUUUAACUAUCUACUAUAGCUAGCCAACCAAAUCCACCACCACUAGCUUAGCCACGUAAACUAAAUUACAGCCUGCUUGCCUGGCAAGUUUUACCUGGAAGGGAUAGCUAGCCAUCAUUGUUUGUAGAGGGUAAUAGCCCGGCGGUGCCCUGAAUUCGGGGAGAAUACCCGGCUCCGUCCCUUUCAAGCGGGCAGUCAGGAAGAAACUGUCUGGGAAGGGAUGGCCUGGUGGGUCAUCCUGUUCCCAAGGUGCUGCGGUGUUUGAGGGCGGACGAGUUCGGAUAGAACCCACGGUGGGUCGCGGCACGAUGAUGGCUGCAUUCCCUUCCGUGUCUGGGAGCAUCACGGCCUCCGGGCUAAUGUUAUCAGGCAGAAAGAGUGAGGAAAUAGCGGAUUUGAUAGAUUUGUUUUCGAAGACACAGUACAGAGCGAAAGAAGUCACGCCACGGGUCGCGACGAUAGAGAAGCGUUGCUUGGAGCUCUUUGGCCGAGACUACAAGUACAGCGUCAUCCACAACGCCAACGGGGAGGUGUGUGGCCACUACCCCCGGCAGAUGGUCUUCCUGGAGUAUGAAUGCACCGAACUCCAUAAAGAGGGGUUUGAGAGCACAGUCCAGAUCACCAAGCUGCAGGACCUGGUGAACCGCAGUAAGAUGGCCCGCUGCAGAGGGAGGUUUGUCUGCCCUGUCAUCCUCUACAAUGGCAAACAUAUCUGUCGGUCAUCUACUCUGGCAGGCUGGGGGGAGCUAUACGGGCGCACAGGCUUCAACUACAUCUUCUCAGGGGGGAUUGAUGACACGUGGGGGGCGGAGUCUGAGCCAGAGGUUCCAGAUGACGACAGUGCCAGCAAUGGGGACUCUCAGCUCUUUGACAAGGUGCGGGGUCUGGACAUCAAGCUGCUGCGCUACCUCUCUGUGCGCUACAUCUGUGACCUCAUGGUGGAGAACAAGAAGGUCAAGUUUGGCCUAAAUGUCACCUCGUCUGAGAAGGUGGAUAAGGCCCAACGAUAUGCAGACUUCACCCUGCUCUCUGUGCCUUACCCAGGGUGUGAGUUCUUUAAGGACUACAAAGAUAGAGACUACACUGCUGAGGGACUAGUAUUCAACUGGAAUCAGGAUUUUGUGGAUGCUCCUUUGACAAUCCCUGUGUGCUUUACCAAGAACUUAAAUAUAGACUGGAGUCAAUAUCAGUCUUGGGACCUGGUCCAGCAGACCCAGAACUACCUGAAGCUGUUGCUUCACAUCAUCAACAGCGACGACGAGAGCGGUCUCCUCGUGCACUGCAUAUCCGGUUGGGACCGGACACCUCUCUUCGUGUCCCUCCUGCGGCUCUCGCUGUGGGCAGACGGUGCCGUCCACGCCAGUCUGGAGCCGGCUGAAAUCCUCUAUCUGACCAUCGCCUACGACUGGUUCCUCUUUGGUCAUAUGCUGCCUGAUCGCCUCAGCAAAGGAGAGGAGAUUUUCUUUUUUUGCUUCAACUUUUUGAAACACAUUGUCUCAGAGAAGUUCUCUGCCAUGAAGAAACAGAGAAGGAAAAACUCUCAUUUCAAAGACACUGAUUUCACAGUGGACGACCUCUGCCAGUUGAAGACCAGGGACCGGGGCAGUGUGACCAGUCUGAGCAGUGACUUCUCUCUGAUCACAGAGGACGCGGGUGGAGCCACCUGCCUCACCAACGAUGCCGUGGACCUGUUUUCCGGUCAGCCCCUGGGAGCCUCCAGCUGGAGGAAGGGGCACACCUCGUCCCCCCAGACGGUGCUGUGGAACCGGCCCAACCCCCUGCAGGAGCGGCUGGCCCACCCCCUCAGUCAAGAGGCCAAGUCCUCCAGCUCUUCCUCCUCCAACCAAUCAGAGCCGGGUUUCACGUGCGCCGGCAGCAGUCCUAUGUCUGUGCCUGGGAGCAGUCCUAUGUCUGUGCCCGGGAGAAGGCUGGGGGCAGAGUACGCCCGCUCAGGCUCUUCCCUCUCCACGGACUACGGCAGCUGGCAGAUCGUGUCGGGCUGUGGCUCCAUCCACGACCACGGACAGUUCCUGCCAAUCCCCGCCACCAUGGCCGCCAACGACUUGCCCCUCCCUUUUAUCUUCCAGGACGAGGGGCCCAGCGGACGCAUGUGCCCGUCCCCCUCAGAGCGUCAGGCUCGUCUGGAGGCAGUGAGGGAGGUAUUCCUGGUUGCCUACAGCUCCACCGUGGGCCUCAAGUCCAGCGCGCCCAGCCCCUCUGGCGCCAUCUCAGGCCUCCUGGAGCAGUUUGCCCGCGGCGUGGGCCUCCGAAGCACCAACAGCAUCGUCUGAUCUAGGAUCAGGUCCCCCAACCCCAAGUGUGAACUCUGGGCCCGUAAUUAUUGUAAUCAUAUAGUGUCUCAGAGUAGGAGUGCUGAUAUAAGAUCCGUUUUUCCUCUUAGAUCAUAUGGACAGGAAGGCCUGAUUCUAGAUCAGCACUCCUACCGUGAGGCUCUUUGUGAAUAAUAACGGUUGAAUUGCGGUCCACAAUCCGCAUUCAUCUCCAUCGGGGGAAGCUACAUCUCGUAUGGACUCUAAUAAAAAUAAAAAGUGCCAAACUCCUCUACUCUAUCCAGGGGCUGAAGCGUCCUUUAUAUUUGUUCGUAAAAAAAUGUUUCCUUCUAUUAUUGUAAAUCUCAAACGUUACAUAGCCUGGAUUUAUUUUGUUCUUUCAUUUCUCUUUUUUUAAAAUGUUUUAUUCAUGCCGUUCGAACUUUAUCUCUGAAGUUAUUCAUUUUUUAGUUUGCCACACAUUUUUGUUGAUUCAGGGAGUGUCUCGGGGGGGAUAGCAAUGUCAGCCACCUGGGAGAGAGAGACAGGGAGGAGAGGGGGGGUAGAGAAGGGAGGGUGAGAGGGGCGGGGGUGGGUAGAAUAAGGGAAAGCCAUUGUACUUAAACAUGUGCAGCAUUUUUCUUAGAGUUUGGUGCUAUGAGUGUGGUCAGAGUAAAAUUGACUUGUUACAUGCAGAGCAUUCAAAGCAUAUAAUGUGGAGUUCUUCCUCUUCUGUUUUUCAAAUAAUUAUUUGGGAUUUAAUGUGCUGAUCGUCCUAAAUCGAGGACGCCACACUCUUUUCUUCAGUGACCGAACACUCAAAAAAGCUGCUAUUCAGUGCUGAAUCAAAAGGAAGCGUUGUAGUGGAUACUGUGGUUGUCAUACAAACAGCACUAGCUAAGUGUGUCAGGGCAAUAGAAACAUGCUGUUUCUUUUUAUAACCAAAUGUGGCAUAGGAAAGUCAAAUAUCAAGCUGGAUGUAGCUUAAUUUUGUUGAAUUUAAUAUAUCAGCCUAUUUUUGAAUUGGUUACUCAUUUUUAAUAAUUGGACUUGUGGUCAGUUAAGUCACUUUUAUGUGUAGACUUUUAAGCAAAGAAAUGUUGCAUUGUCACCCUACAAAUCAUUUUCAUACUGUCUUCAGUAUGGCUAUGUGCACAUACACACCAUCAUUAGACUGGUCCCAGACCUGUUUGUGCUGUCAUGCCGACGUCUACGGUUGUGACGUGAACAGAUCCAGGCUACACCAUCAUUAGACUGGUCCCAGACCUGUUUGUGCUCUCAUGCCGACGUCUACGUUUGUGACGUGAACAGAUCCAGGCUACACCAUCAUUACCUGGGCUGCAGACCACACACCAGAAGCCAGUCCUAUUACUGGGCUGUGUUGAAAGCCUUUGAAGUUCUUUAAAAGUCCUUCACAAGGUUUAGAUUUGAGCCCACUUCUGACAGCUAUUCAUAUGGUCAGUCACUUCAUCUCUCAACUUUUGUCUCUCAGUUGUGCAACAUGACGGCUCCGAGCCACACUGCUGUCAGCCUUUAUCGUUUUAUGUACAUUUGUGGCUGCGUUCCAGGGCGACUACAUUGCAGUCGCCUCGCGACACCUGGAUAGGUGUUAAUCGUAUCAACUUACUGCAUCAGAUAAUCUAGCAAUCUGAAACCUGACUGCAGUCAAAGACAUGGCACAGAACCAUUGGUUGAUGCGAGCAGCAUGACUGCAAUGUAGUCAGCCUGGAACAUGACCUCUCUCUUGGUGACUUAAGCUGGCUUCACGUGCUCGUGGGAAGUCGUAAGUCCGGCAUGAGUUUGUUCAAGUGCUUUUAAAGUCGGAACAAUUAUUCAACCAUUAAGAUUUCAGCUAGCUUGAUGAGCUAGCUAAGGGUGGAUUUACAUAAGUAAACUAUGUCUAGUGAGAUCUGUCUUUAACAUCAGAUGUGCAACUUUUCUGUUUACACUACCUUGAAUGUGGUGUGGCCAAAGCCACAUUCCUGCUUCAUGUGUGAGUUCAGCUAUUAACAUACCGUAAAUACCUAUAGUUUAUAGAUCAACAGGUUUAUAGACAGAAAGGUUAGCAAUUCAAACUUUACAGGAGCUUCUCAUCUAAAACAUAUUGCACAUAGUGUUGCUAAGGAGGUAGUGAGGGAGACAUGUUAGAGAUAUUUGAAUCUACAUCCGUCUCUUUACAUUACACAAGUAUCUCUUCUGGACCCAUCUCUUUCUGUUGUGAAAGUAGUGUAGUGUAAAGAGGCCCUAACAUUGCUAAUAAUAAAGUUAGCUAGCUUGCUUAACAUUGACAAUAUUGUCAAACUAGCUACAUUAUCCACAUUGACAAGGUUGUAAUAGUCAAAAACGGAUUUGUUGCCAUCUUUUGGUUGAAAAGGUAAAAGCUCAGUCCGUGGUGAAGCGGCACAACUCCGGUAACAACAUUUUCUCAGUUUCCCUAUUUGUAAUUCCGAUUUGGAGGGUCUUUCAAGUGAAAUUUCCAACUGGGUUCUAGACGCUUCCGAUAACUCUGAUAGCACGUGAAGGCUGCAUUAAUGGCCUAGUAAAAGCUAUCUUGCUGCAUGAGCCAGUUGACUUGGGGCUUACUUUGGAUCAGUUCGCUGCCACUGAACAGUGAUCUCUCCCUAUCUAUCCUAUCCUCUCUCUACUAUCUCAGUUAUCACUUCUUCUUUGAGAUCCGAAACAAGCCUUUUAGAUCAGGAAGAUGAGACUGGCCACGUUACAGGCCAACUACAUUGCUGUUGCCUGCCAGAUCACACAACGCCUGGAUAGGUGUUUAACAAACCUAACCACAUCAUAUGAUGAAGUAAAUUUGAUGCCCGACUGCUAAAUCGAUGACGUGGCACGCACCCAUUGGUUGCUGCAUGACUGCAAUGUAGUCGGCCUGGAAAGUGACCAUUAGGGAGGUAGCAAUUAUGUGGGCCAAUGGCAGUGUUGUGGCGUCAUUGCGUUGAGAGAGAAUAGUUUAAUGCCUCGAUCACGUCAUCGGAGAUUCUGAAAUGUACGACUUGCUGACUGGUAGAAAGAUGGUACCCUAGUUUCCCACUUGGGAAGGAUCAGAAUCAACCAAUAAGAAGCUCUACGCAAAUAAUUUGCAUUCAUUUUAACUCGAAGGUCCCGAGUUUCCGACAAGAGCUGAACCCGGUAUUAGCCAGCACUUACUGGGAUUUUUUUUAGCUUGAUUGCGACGCCAAAUGGUUUCGACGGCUGCAGUACAGUACUGUGCCUCAGGACCUUUUGUUGUGCCUUUUCACCGGGAGCAGUGGAAGAGAUUCUUAUACGGCUUGAGUUGUUAAAAAAAAAAAAAAAAAAAUU